UGUACACGAACAUCGUCAACCUACUGAUCUUUUCAUUGAUAUUGUAUUUUAAUUGACAUUUUGUUCCGUUUACAUAUAUAGUAUAUUGUACUAGUAUUUUUACUGGAUUUUGACAAUAAGCAAGGUUUAAAUUUUCGGGAGUGACUGUCUUUUUGCACUUUAGAUUCUUUCUUCAACAAAAGAUUCAAAAAUGGGAAUGAUUUAUCUACAGUGUGUUGUUAUGUUACUGUAUUGUUCUUAUGUACAUGGGAAAAAAACCGGAGCUUUGCAAUCAUCAUGUAACGAUAUGACGCCAGGACAUCAAAGUACUGCGCAGACGAGUCCAGCGCCUUACCGAGUGGUAGUAGGCAAAACCAAGUAUACUGGAGGAGACACUAUCUCAGUUACACUACAAAAAACUGCUUCAAAGCAGUUCAGGGGAUAUCUGAUACAGGCCAGGAAUCAAGCUGGAACAAAAAUAGCUGGUUUUAACCUCAUAGCGAAUUCCAAAUAUCUUCCGUGUGAUAGCCCAAAAGGUGCCGUUACCCACACAGAAGCCUCGGAUAAAGACAGCGUUACUUUUCAAUUUACAGCCCCACAAACAUCACAGGGAAAUAUUACAAUCUUCACGACUGCCGUUGAAAAUUACAACACGUACUGGGUUAUGAUAAAGUCGGAUACCAUUAUAGACUCAGUGGCCACUGGGGCCUCAUCAAGAUUCCUUCCUAAUUGUGUUCUAGUUAUCGUUUCUUUAUUUUGUUUUCACCUGAAACGACACUAAAGAAAGCAGAAAACGUUCAGAAGAGAAUUUAGACGCAUUCAAAGAGUGAAAAAUAACUUUUAGUAUAUUUUGAAUUGUAACCAUAUCCUUACGUGACAAGGGUUGUUACAACAGUAAUUUCCAUUUAGAGUUAUCGCCCGCUGUUUAUCAACAUAAGCUAGU